UCUUUGCUUGUCCUGAUGCUACAAAUAAUCUUUUGAUCUUCCUUCUACAUCUUCAUAAUAAUAAUAAUAAAUUAAAAGCUGUUUUUUAGACAUUAAGCGAAAUUAAUCACAAGCAUCCAAUCAUUAAAUCAAAAUGAGCCGCCUUCAUAAAUAAAUAAAUAAAUAACCUCGCUCUCAGCAGUCCCAAAAAACCAGUAUUUUUUUUUAAUUACGCCAACUCAAUUCCCCAGCACCUCUGUAGCUACUAAGUUCUCAACAUGGAAUCACUCGCCGCCAUCAUCCUCCUCAGCUCGCUCGCAUCUUCGUUCCCCCACCCACUCGAUCCCCUAACCUUCACCGAAAUUUCCACCAUCCGCUCCAUCCUCUCCUCCCACCCUCCCUUCUCCCACCCCAACUCCUUCCCUUCAAUCGCCUCUCUUUCCCUUCUCGAACCCCCCAAAACAUCUAUCCUCUCUUGGUUCCCUUCCUCCCCUCCCCUCCCUCGUCGCGCCACUGUCACCGCCUACUCCCCCAACCUCACGCACCUCCUCUCCAUCGACAUCCUCUCCCGUCUCAUCCUCUCUCACUCCACCAUCCCCCACCCCUCCGCCUUCCCCCGCCUCACCUCCUCCGACAUCUCCCGCGUCUCCUCAACCACCCUCUCCGAUCCCCGCGUCAUCCGCGCCAUCCAAAACCGCGGUCUUGACCCCUCCCGCAUCAACUGCCUCCCUCUCUCCCCAGGCUGGUUCGGUCCACAAGAAGAAAACCGAAGACUAGCUAAAGCCCAAUGCUUCGCGCUUUUCCACAACACAACAUCUAACUUCUACAUGAGUCCGAUUGAAGGACUAAUAGUUUUGGUUGACUUGGAUGUCGGAGCGGUCGUGUGGGUUCGUGAUGAGGGGCGCGGAAUUCCAGUGCCGAAUGGAGAGGGCACUGACUACCGCUACACAGGCGGCGCGGCGCGACAAGGAGUUAUGAUGGAAAGGGCGGGAGGAGGGACGGGGUUCGAGGUGGAGGGAGGGCAUAUGGUGAAAUGGGGGAAUUGGGAACUGCAUGUGAAGGCGGAUGAGAGGGCGGGGAUUGUGGUGUCGACGGCGAAGGUGAGGGAAGCAGAAGGAGACGAGUGGAGGAGUGUGAUGUAUAAGGGAUUUGCAUCAGAGUUAUUUGUGCCGUAUAUGGAAGGGAGUGAAGGGUGGUACUUUAGGGGGUAUAUGGAUGCGGGGGAGUAUGGGUUGGGGAGCUGUGCGAUGCCGCUCGUGAGGUUGAAUGACUGCCCACGGAAUGCUUAUUAUAUGGAUGCGGUGUUCGCCGGGGAGGACGGGCGGCCGUUUGUGAGGCCCGAUGUUAUUUGUUUGUUUGAGAGAUAUACCGGCGAAUUUUAG